GCGAUUGUUUCCUAGGGGAAGGAAAACAUUGACGGACCAGUUCUUGAGCGGGACAUUUUCAUUUUCUGGAGCAGCUCAUCAACUUUUACAGCAACAGUGAAGCGUUUUUCAACAUUCAAGCGUAGUGUCAGGUCACACAUCACCUCAUAUAACCAUGAAGUUCAGAUCAAAAAUGACCGACGUGGGAUGCCUGAAUCAUUUUACUCGUGUUGUAAAUACCAUUGCAAAGCUGAACAAGACCUGCAUCCUCCGGCUUACUCCAGACAACCUCUUCUUUGUUCUGGCUGGAAAAGUGGCCAAUGGUGGAGUCAGUAUGUGGUGCGAAUUAUUACAGGUGAACUUCUUUGAGGAGUAUCAGAUGGAGGGUGUGUCCCCAGAUGCCAAUGAGAUAUGCCUGGAGGUAGCCCCAGACAACCUGUCCAGAGCCUUGAAAACAGCACAGUGUGCCAAAGCUGUCAAGGUCAAACUCACCAAGAAGCAUUGCCCCUGUCUAACCAUUGCAGCAGAACUACCCUCAUUGUCCAGUGUCAGUCGCGUUGUCACACAUGAUAUUCCAGUGGAUGUCAUACCCAGAAGGAUGUGGCAUGAUUUCAAGGAGCCCACCAUGCCUGACUUUGAUGUGAGUAUCAUGUUUCAGGCUAAAGAAUAUUAG